AAUUUUAGUUCACUGACAUUUUAUAUGAUUUACCUUGUUGGAUAAUACUGCACUAGGUUUACACCUUAUGAAACACAUUGCAUCCAAGAUAAACACUUAACAGUGGUCAAGGUGUUGAGGUCUGCAUGGAGUUUUAUUACAAUCAUACUGACUUGGUACACACAAACUCUCCUCAGAUAACCUGCCAAUGACCUAAUCUAUUCUUUGUUGGAAGAGGUGAUUAUCUUGAUCGUUCACAGAAUUGCCGCUCUCUAUUGACUACUUGACAAAGGGGCCAGUCUUUUCACUACGUACCAACUUAUCUCAAAUUGCUUAAAAGGUAGAAAUGGGGUUUGAAAGAAAAAAAAGAGAAGCAUAGCAUAGAGACUGUAAAGAUAAGACUUGGGGUAAUUAACAGUAAAAUGUUUCUGUGAUACUCCUUCAUCCAUUGGCUGUUGGGGGGGUGGAGGACUUGUAAGUGUGUGACUACAGCUGAUGUAGGGAUCUUUAUAUUAAAAAGGGAGGUGAUGGUUCAGGCCACUUUAUGCCAUCAUGGGUUACAAAGCAUUGCACUAUUUCAGUGUGGUUUGUACUGCAGUGACUGUCAUGUGUAGUGUACGGAGCACUCCAAGCCCUUCGAGCACUCUCCAAGCCUUGCAUUGUCCACCCUGUGAGCGCAUCCACUGUUCGCCAAGAAGGGCACUGAGGCUCCAGUGUAAGGGUGGUGUAACUACAGGCGUCUGUGGCUGCUGCCCUGCAUGUGCAAAACAAGCCGGAGAGAGCUGUGGAGGAACAUGGGACUACCUGGGGAAGUGUGAUGAAGGCUUGGUGUGUGUGUACCAGGAACCUGCUGAGAGUAAGCCAGAAGCAGAGAGCAAGGGGAUCUGCAAAUCAGUACUGGAAGUCCUUGAAAGAGACACUUGUCGUCCAGACUGUACAUGGGAAUUCUGUCAGGCAAACCCCAAUGAAAUCUGCUCUGCCAGGUCUGUGUCAGUGGAAAAGCGCGAGUGUGGAGGUUUCUGUCAACACACCACCUGCUCCAGCUGUUUGAUACUCAGACGUCCAGUGUGUUCUCAGGCUUGUGCACAAACAGACCAUUCCUGCCUGCAUCGUUUUGGGAGGUGUGUGCACAGCCACGUGGAGGUGCACAGACAGGCAGUCUGCCACCAAAACCUGCAGAGCAACAGUGAGGGCUUCUUCAUGUGUCUGGCUCCUGCUUGUCCAGAUGCAGCAGAAUAAUUCUGCAUUUGUACGGGACCUGCUCCAACAUGAUCGACUGAUUUAAAAAAUGUAGCAUAUUAAGGCAGCUAUUUUUACAUGAUUCAUUUUUUUUAACCUUUGUGAUUGCAGAUCACAGAUAGCAAAUUGAAUCAGUUUAUACAAUGUGAUUUAUUCCUGUGCAUUUGUAUUUAUAAAACAUGGGCUUUAUUUUUAGAUGUUUUUAAGAGAUUCAAUCAAUGCCGGUAUUAAAUAAAUGGAUUUUCUUUUUUUUAAAUAAAUUGAAUGAAAUUAUAAAAGUCA